AAAUUUCUGGCAUUUUACACUAUUCUUCUCCUCUGAGGCAGACAACAUUCAACAGUUGCUGAGCUGAGCCGCCACGCCGCGAAUGGACUCCGCAUCUUCACUCCUCUCUUCUUCUAACGUCUUCUCAUCCCCAGUCCCGCCGUUGAAGCCCUCCUCGACCUCCAUCUCGCUCCCUGCGCUCCUUCCCAGGAGGAUGACGGAGCCUCGCCACUUGCAAUCCGCGUGCUCCAAGUCGACGGCGGCCUCGUCCGCCGCCGCUGCGGCGAAAACGCCAGCGGAGAAGGAGGUGAAGCUCUGGGGUGGGAGGUUCCAGGAGAGCGUCACUGACGCCGUGGAGAGGUUCACGGAGUCCAUCUCCUUCGACAAGGCGCUCUACAAGCACGACAUCAUGGGGAGCAGGGCCCACGCCACCAUGCUCGCUAAGCAGGGGCUCAUGAGUGACAGUGACAGGGACAGUAUCCUGAAGGGACUCGACGAGAUUGAGAGGCUCAUCGAGAGUGGGGAGUUCGUGUGGAGGACUGAUCGGGAAGAUGUGCAUAUGAACAUUGAGGCUGCUCUUACUGACGUGAUUGGUGAACCUGCCAAGAAACUCCACACAGCUCGCAGCCGUAACGAUCAGGUUCAGACUGAUUUCCGUCUAUGGUGUCGCGAUGCUAUUGAUCGGACCGUUGAAUAUAUCAAAAAGCUGCAAGUGGCGCUUGUAACUUUGGGUUUGAAGAAUGAAGGGCUUAUUAUUCCGGGCUAUACUCAUCUGCAGAGGGCUCAACCUGUUCUGUUGCAGCAUUAUCUCCUGUCAUACGUUGAGCAGCUUGAGCGUGAUAUCGGUCGUUUCCUAGACUGCAGAGUUAGGCUGAAUUUCUGCCCACUUGGAGCUUGUGCAUUAGCUGGCACUGGCCUUCCAAUUGACCGAUUCAUGACUUCCGAUGCUUUAGGAUUCACAGCACCCAUGAGAAACAGCAUUGAUGCAGUGUCAGAUCGAGAUUUCAUCAUGGAGCUUCUUGCAGCCAAUUCCAUCACAGCUGUCCAUCUUUCCCGUCUUGGUGAGGACUGGGUUUUGUGGGCAUCAGAGGAAUUUGGCUUUAUUACCCCGAGUGACUCUGUUUCAACUGGAAGUAGCAUAAUGCCCCAAAAGAAAAACCCUGAUCCCAUGGAACUCGUACGUGGAAAGUCCGCUAGAGUAGUGGGCAACCUAAUUACUCUUCUCACCUUGUGCAAGGGGCUCCCUUUUGCAUACAACCGAGAUCUGCAGGAAGACAAGGAGCCCGUGUUUGACAGUGUGAAAGCGGUCAUUGGGAUGCUUGAAGUCUCAGCAGAGUUCGCUCGGAAUGUCAGUUUCAACCAUGAGAGAAUAUUGAAGGCUUUGCCUGCUGGGCAUCUUGAUGCCACCACACUGGCGGACUACCUCGUUAAAAAGGGCAUGCCUUUUAGAACAUCUCACGAUGUAGUAGGGAGGUCCGUGGCACUGUGCGUCUCCAAGAACUGUCAACUGCAGGACCUCGGGCUCGACGAGCUCAAGAGUAUAAGCCCAGUGUUUGAAGAGGAUGUGUACGAGUUCCUCGGAGUUGAGAACUCAGUCAAGAAGUUCUCCUCCUAUGGGUCCACAGGAUCAGCAUGUGUGGCAUCGCAAAUGGACUAUUGGGUCAAUUACCUUGGCAUCAACAAGAUCUAAUCUUCUUCAAGGGAAACUAGGAUAUAUUCAAGUGGUCGGAAAGUGUCAUAUUUAUGUUGUGGAGGAGCACGCUUUUGCCCCUAGUCAUCGGUCUGUUUCGGCAAGUCUUUGGGUUGACAACUGAAAGCGAGUCAGAUUGCUGUUUGUAUUUUCAGCAAUUUACAGAUCUUGUCGCUUUGAUGGCUUUGUUCAGUAAUGAUGGAAUCGAAGAGAAAUCUUAUUCUAUGAAAUGGAAAUUUUUUUGUUACUGCAA